UCAACGUCUUCCUCUGCAACAAGGCAAGACCAGACAAAGCAGCCGCCUACUAGGAUUUGCUUCUUUCUUUCUUGUAUGCGGUCUGAUAACUGCUCACUUAGACGAGUCUUAGUCCAUCAGAGGCAUUAAAUAUCAUAGACUCGCCAUAACUGAAUCCGAAUAUUAUAUGGCGAAACCUUAUCCAUUCUCUUCUAGCUUCAUCGUUUUCUUCCGACUAUAUAUAGGUAUCAUAGUCUCUCUCGUACUCAUUGCCGACUGAGUUGGAAGUGUUUCUGCCAACUGAGUUGAAGUGUUUCAUACUCUUAGGUCUGCUUAUGUUUUCAGUCAUGGAUGGUCCUGCUCCUCAUGAGAAGGAAACGGUGAAAAUGUUUCAAGAUGAAUUGGCACGAUUGAGGAAGGAGAAUGAAACUCUCAAAGUCAUGGUUGAAAUCAUUGGGAGCAAAUGCAAAAUCCUUGAAACCCAUCUCCCGGAAAGCCAUUGUCCUCCAUCUCAUCAUGACUGCAACAAGAGAGCGAGGAUUGAGGAGUUUCCUUUCAGUAAAUCGUCUAAAAUCUUUGUCAAAGUCGACGAGGAGGACAAGAGCUUGGUAGUGAGAGAUGGAUAUCAAUGGAGAAAAUAUGGACAGAAGGUCACGAAGGAUAAUCCGUCGCCUCGAGCUUAUUAUCGGUGCUCCAUGGCUCCGGGGUGCCCUGUCAAGAAGAAGGUGCAAAGGAGCGUAGAAGACAGGACUCUUCUCGUUGCGACCUACGAAGGACUACACAACCACGGGACUGUCAAUGUCGCCAACCGUGAUCACCUUCCUUUACUUUCGGAUCCUUCACCAAGAGGUCAGCUAGGGAAUCACGAUCUUACGCUAAUGCCCACAAGGCCGCCAAGCUCCAUACAACCGCCCAUCACUCUCGAUCUCACACUCUCCGGAAGCAGUUUUCCCCAGAACCCCAAGCCCUCUUAUAUGAACAAGAAUCUCAGCUUUGGCGAUAGAAGCAGUGAUUGCGCCAAGAUCGAAGAAUAUGCGGCUUCUUUAGUCAGAGACCCCAAUUUCACCGAAGCUUUAGCUCUUACAGUUGCCCGUACGCUAAACAACUGAGUUGGAUGAUGUGCUGAUUACGACAAAUUCAUUAGAAGUGUUAGAGAUAUGAAGCAUCAUUUUGUUCUUGUUUGUAGAAUUUACUAGAUUAAGUUCAAGUACAUUGCUUUGUCAAGUAGCUUUGAUUUCUAUUCAAGUUUUGCUGGAUCAAAUAGUUCAGGUAUUGCUGUACUGCAGUUACUCCUUACAGUAUAUACUGUUCUUCUGGAUCUGGCUUCCAGAUGAUACAAGUAGAUUCUACUUUUUCUCUCGCA